GGAACAGAACGACAAUACCAACACCAACACCAACUCCAACUCCAACUGGUCCUCCGUACAAAUGGAAUCAUCCCUUUCCCCUUCCCCUCCUUCCUCCUCCUCCUCCUCCUCCUCCUCACCUCCCUACCCACUUUUCCCAUCACCUCCAUCAUCGCCAUCGCCACUAUCAUCUCCCGUCGUCCUCCCUUCGCUGAUCGCCGUCCGAGUCUUCUCCUGAAACUCCUCAGAUCCGGCGCCGAUUUGCUCGAUCGGGCCCCUCGAUCGGUCGUCCUUCCAGGAGUAAUGUUUGGAGGCGAUUCAAGCAACCCUGGCUUUCCUCUCUUGCUUGGGGAUAGCCAGUUCCAGUAUGACGCUAAUGUGAUGCCUCAGCUGCAGUUGUUCGGUGACUAUACAGUUGGAGGUAAUGUUGGUCAUUUAAACUACUUAGGCAAGAAUCACACAGUUAAUAUUGGCCAGCCAGCUAAAAGAUUUAAGGAGGCAGAACCUAUUUCUAGACAGCGAAAUCUUAUAAACCAGAGUGAUAAACUUUUUCAACAUGAAGCUGGUAACUCUGGGAGCAUUUUCAAUCCACAGCCCGUGUCAACAGGGCUGAAACUUGCAUAUGAGGAAGAUGAGCAUAACUCCUCCAUUUCCUCUGUCAGCGAAGGCAUGACUGCUACACUCCCCACUAUUCUGUCUCUCAACAAUAACUUCAAGAGCGAGAUGGAUCGACAGAAAGAGGAACUUGAUCAGUAUAUCAGAUUACAGGAAGAAGGCAUCGUAAAGGGUGUGAGGGAACUCCAGAGAAGGCACACUGCAUCAUUGUUGAGCGCGAUAGAGAAAGGGGUAGGCAAGAAGUUACAUGAGAAGGACCUCGAAAUUGAGAACAUGAACCGCAAGAACAAGGAACUAGAGGAAAGAGUCAAGCAGGUUACGAUGGAGGUCCAGUCUUGGCACUACAGGGCAAAGUACAAUGAGUCUGUAAUCAACGUUUUGAAGAACAACUUGCAACAGGUGGCGGCACAGGGCGCAAUGAACAGUAAAGAAGGGUGUGGGGACAGCGAGGUUGAUGAUGCUGCCUCAUAUGUCAAUAGGAACCCUCUUAACUUAAUGGACGGUUCGGGGACUUCGGUUUCCGGGAAGACAAACAAGAUGAGCUGCAGAGCAUGCAAGGUGAAGGAGGUGUCUGUUUUGUUCUUGCCCUGUAGACACCUAUGUUUGUGCAAAGACUGUGAAGGGUUCAUCGAUCUCUGCCCCGUCUGUCAGGUAAUGAAGACUGCAAGUGUCCAGGUAUACCUGUCUUGAAAUUGCGUCGCAGCCGCCUUACAAGGCAAUAAAGAUACUAGGCACUUGUGCUCUUCAUUGCCUUUCUGUGUCGAGUCAUACUAUCAAAAAAUGAAGAUAUUGCAUGUCCAUCAUCGUGUGCUCCUAUUUAUAACUAGUGAAUCGGGUUUUUGCCUGGUUAAUGAGAAAAUCCUUUCUUCUUUGACCUUGCCAUUUCUCGUUGAUUUGAGUUUCUGGUUAAAUUUGAGAUUUCGAUUCAUUCCAUUACUGUAAAGAUUUUGCUCCUUUCCACUUCUUGGCGCAAGAACGCUUUCCUGGGUUAAAAAUUGAAAGUUCAUUUAAA